AUGUUCACGCCUAUCGAGACCACCAUCGGCGCAUUGCUGCUGCAUCAAGCAACUAGCAACCUCCUUUAUCAGAAUGGAGAUAUUCUGGGUGCCAGUGGCUAUCUACGCAGAUUCUUCUCAGCGCCCACGAAAGAACUGCUCGCCUUCUUCACUGGCAUGGCCGCCAGCUACGUGCCAUUGAAGGCAUUAGCACCACAGUUGAUCACUGAGUACCCUGCUUUACAGAUCAGUUCUCAAGUUGUCAUUGCAACAGUAGCAACUGGUGCCCUCAUAGGAUGGGGAACUAAGAUGUCGAAUGGAUGCACUUCCGGACACAUGUUGUGUGGUCUUUCCAGACUGAGUGGCCGCUCAGCCGUCGCCGUCGCUACGUUCUUUCCCACGGCAGUUAUAACCCAUCAUUUCGCUCACCCAAGUUUAUCGACGUCGGUAUGCCCUAGCAGUACACCAUGCUAUGCACCCGUAUAUCCGUCUACAGAGACGACUGUGUCACUUCUUGUGUUGGCAGCGUUGAGCAUAAUCGCUACUCGAACGAUACCCGGAAUUGUGGCUCAAGUCACAGUUUCGCCCACCACCACCAAGGACACCAAAGAACAGUCUGCUGCGCGUGUCACCACGCAAGCAUUGUCAGGUUUACUCUUUGCUCUUGGUCUCCAUAUCUCGCAAAUGGCACACCCAGACAAAGUUGCAGCCUUCCUCUCUUUCCCAAACUUGCAACACUGGGAUCCAUCCCUUGCUCUGGUCAUAGUCUUCGGCGUGUUACCCAAUCUGAUCGAGAAUCAAGUGAAAGGUCUUCACGGCUCACCAUCGUUCGCCGACAAGUUCUCGCUGCCUACGAAGACUUUGCAAGAUGUGGAUAAAAGAUUCGUGAUGGGAGCUGUGGCUUUUGGUAUUGGUUGGGGCUUGACGGGAACGUGUCCCGGCCCGGCGGUGCUUCGAGCUUUCUCUCAGCCAGUUUGGGGUGCCCUGUGGAUUGGCGGAUUCUGGCUUGGAGGGAAACUGAACAUAUGA